UGACACACACAUCAGCUUAGCCGCACACACGACGUCAACAGGAGGAGUGGGGGAGGCCAAGCGCAAGUCCAAGCUGCACGCCCGGAAGCCUAUCUUUGAUACGAUGAGGAGCGCGUCAGCCUUGUUCUUCGCGGCGCUGGGGGGGACAGGAUUCUCGAUCGGCGGUGCGGAGGCCGCAGGAGGGUUUUUCGCUUCCGCUUCGCCGGCCGGCGGGGCGGCGGCGGCGGCGCGACCAAGAGGAGGCUUCUUGCCCGGAUGGGGGCUGCCUCGGCACGAGAGUGUCCUCGAUAGGGUGGUGCGGCUGCGAGGGGGAAUGCAGCUUUUCGUCAAGACGCUCACGGGGAAAACGGUUACCGUGGACGUUGAGCCCGGAGAUUCUAUCGAGACGCUCAAGCAUAAGAUUCAGGAGAAGGAGGGCAUCCCGGCGGAACAGCAGCGCAUCAUCUUCGGCGGGAAACAGCUGAGCGGGGCGGACAAGCAGCUCAGCGACUUCGAACUCGAGGAGGGAAACACGUUGCACCUCGUGCUGCGCCUGAGGGGGGGACCGGAAGACGACGUCCCCUCCUUGCGGCGUUCUGGCUCCAGCGAGGAACGGCGAGGGCUGGGAUGGUUCGGCUGGAGGACCACGCCUGCUGAGGCGUAAACAUUUUCUCAGUCUUGUUCGGUUGUCCUCGUAGUUGCGUCGGCGGGUGCUGCGCGCUUUUUGGUGUGUGUUGUGGGGGGCGGGGAGAAUAUGCAUAUCGGGUUGAUGUGAUGGGUAGAUGGUGGAGCCGGGAGGUGGGGGGCGGGGGCGGAAUAGAGAGUGAACACUAGGAUUUGGCCUUUUGUGGUAGUUUUUUCUUUCUUGUCCCUCUCGUGGAAAGAUGUGUGUUACAAUUUUGUUGUAGUGUGCCUGCUAAAGAGAGUCAGCAAGCUUUUGCCUUGUUGAUUACACUCUUACCCUCGCCAGAUUAAGUGCUCGAUCACUGGCAACCUGAUGCUGGCCUGCUGGAACCACGAAACAUACAAGAUAGCCCCAUGUCUGCACGUCUUUCGGUCACUCGAGGCAUGUUGCAUGCUGUUGGAGUGAGAUUCCAAGACCACCUGUGGAGUAGAUCGUCGACAGCGCCUCAUUGGGACAUGGGUCUUUGUGACGUCGUGACGUCCACACCACACGUGUUUCCAGAGGUAUUUGUAGGAUAGCGCCCAGACACUUUUAUUACGUCGACAUGAAGAGCACAGAGGAGGCCUGACGUAAAACAUGAACCAACUUCGCUGGUGUAUAAACAGCAUUCGCUAGUGGUCGGAGGUGUUUCUAGUCCCCCCUGGAGAGGCAAGAGGAUACAACAAUAUUUCACGGCGCGCGACAGACCUCCCCAG